AUGAAGAGAAUUGCGUUAAUUUUCGCCUCUUCUUUUGGAUUCUCAAAGAAUCCAGCGGACAAUUCUCUUGACAUUUUUCUUUCAAGUAAGGAGCGAUUCGAAAACGCCAAAGCCGUGCUGGAAAAUUUCAACGUCCCACAUGGCUCCCUAUCUGGAUCUCCGCCGGGGACGUACUCUGUAGCGAAAAAUAUUGAACCGAGCAAAGAGCACAAGAAAAAACGCGUCAGAAGAAAAUGCACAUAUGUUCUUGAAUAA